AUGGGGCGUGCUCUGAUUCUGUACGUGAAGGAGGUUUCUUAUCCAAUUCUGGCGGCGUUUGGCUUCCCUGCGAACAUACUGACGGCUGCGAUCCUGUACCGGGGCAAGUGUGGUCUCACCAAAGGAAUCACGCGUUACAUGGUGGCGAUGGCAAUGUCCGGUCUGCUGGUCAUCAUCUUCCACGUGUUGCUGCAAGGAAUCUAUGGUUAUUACAACCCGAACUCUUUCCUCUCCCUCAGCGCAGUGUGUCCUUCCGACGUUUACCUGCGGAUAGUUACACUGGACUACUCCGUCUGGUUAACCGUGUCUUUCACCUUUGACCGUUUUGUCAGCAUCUGCUGCCCGAAGCUGAGACUCACAUAUUGCACGGAUAGGACGGCCGUCACUGUCAUUGUGUCCAUGUGUGCGCUGAGCUGUAUAAAGUACAUUCCCUUUCAGUUCAUGUACGAGCCGCGCUUCACCAAGGACAAUGUGAACUGGGGGUGUUGGCCCAGACCCGCCUAUCUCACCUCCAUCUGGUGGAUCAUGUUCUCCUGGAUGUGUAGCAUCUCUCUCUCAUUCCUCCCUUUCCUUCUAAUCCUAUUCUUCAACGGGCUGACUGUCAGGAACAUGGUGGCGGCCAGUAGGGUCCGCCGGCGGCUGAAAGGCAAUGACACUGAGGCGGAGAAUCGGCGUAAAUCCAUGGUUUUACUCUUCACUGUGUCCGGCGUCUAUAUACUGCUGUGGACAACGGAAACUGUCACCUUCGUCUGCACUCGAGUCACGGUUAGUCCCGCCGAUGGAAAUCAUACGAGUCCCUCAUAUAUCGCCAAUGAGGUGGGUGUCCUACUUAUCUAUGUCAACUCCUGCGCCAACACGUGUAUCUACGGAAUGACACAGAAAAAAUUCAGACAGGAGGUGAAGAACGCGAUUAGCCAUGUGACCCGGUGUUUGAGUCAUCUCUUGAAACUGGUGCGGAUGUAA